UGAACGCGCCAUCACUCGUAAUACCAGAAAUCCAGAGUCCGCGAGGCAUAGAAAGGGUGGCCUUGCAGUGUAUAGCACAUUUUUGUACAGCCCAUUGAAACGAAAUCCCCAUAAGGACAGUAUUCUAAAUUAAUUUUGUAUCCCCAAGGAGAAGGCGAUCACAUAUCUACAACAAGACAUGCAUCCGGCGACUGCUAAGUGGUAUGACAGGCGGGACUCCGUCUACAUCGAGUUCUGCGUAGCGGACAGCAAGGAUGUCAAGAUCAAUUUUGAGAAAGCUAAGUUUGUUUUCAGUUGUCUUGGAGGAACUGAUCAAGUCAAACACCAGAACGAAGUAGACCUUUUCGAAGCAAUUGAUCAAAAUGAAUCCAUACACAAACGCACAGAUCGGUCAGUGUUGUGCUGUUUACGAAAAGCUGAACCUGGGAAAGCAUGGCCGAGGCUAACAAAAGAGAAGGCUAAGCUGACUUGGCUCAGCGUUGACUUCAACAACUGGAUAGACUGGGAGGGCGAUUCAGACGAGGAACUAGGCAACUUCGAUCGUUUCUCAGAGGGUGGAGACGGGGAUAUGGCGUUCAACACACAAGACGCAAUGGCUAAAAUGAUGAACAACAUGGGAGGGGAAGACGGCCUACCUGAUCUAGAUGAUGUUGAUGAUGACGAGUCUGCAGAUAGUGACGAUGAAAAAAUGCCUGAUUUGGAAUGAAAGGCCUCAAAUACCAGGAAGGAGGGAUGGAAGGCAGGAGGAAUCAUCAAGACUAUCUUGAAAUAGAAGGCAGUGGGGGGGGACGACGACGACCCUGUACAGAUAUGAGUCGGUAGCCAUGUUUAAAUCCAGAGCCUCAGAUCCAGAGCUCUUUUCCAAUCAGUCCACUGAAGGUUAAGAUGUAUAGUGUUGUACGGAGCAGCAGUCUCCACUUCCAUUUGCAGUGCUGCACUCUUGACGUAUUCUGUUUACUAUUAAUUAUUACAAGUAAGCAUUCAUUAUUUGUUCUGAAGUACUGUAUAGUAAUCAUCCUCAACCUAGAAAGCAAUACAUGUGAAGACAUUUAUAAGCAGUUGACUAAUGUAAUGAAGUGUAAUUAAACAGACAAAUGUGUUUUACACCCCCCCCCCAAUGUUCUGUGUUUUAAGUUAGUUGAUCAGGUUACAUUUUCUGUUUGGGUCCCUCUUGUGAGCCUCCCCUGUGGCAGAGAAACAGUUUUUUCAGUACCUUAGCAUUUAAGCUUACAUGUUUCCCUUUCCUCCUCACCUGUUAAAUCGCAAACAGUUUUUACCCUCGAGUCUUUCCGUUUAGAGUUGUGGCAGAGUACAUUACAAUACUUCUGGGUCUUGUGUGGGGAGGGGGUUGAUGGGGGAUAUGACAUGUUGAACCUGUAUAAUGACCAAAUUAAAUUGUCAAGAAAAUGUGAGGAGAUAAAUGUGUAGUUCUUGGUGUGUAUGUCAAACCUGUCAAGUAAUCGCAGGCAGAAGCACUUCAAUUGAUGUUGAGUUACAGUGGGAAGUGUUUGUUUUUGGUCUACAUCUUAUUAAUAAACUAAGACUCAUGUUU